UCUUUUGGCUCAUCCACUUGUUCAGACUCGUUGAUUCGCGAAGAAGGAAAAAAAAAAAAAAAUGGCAGUACUCAGCAACGUCUCGUUGUUCUCCUGCUGCAACAUCUCUCCAAAACCAUCUCUCUCGUCACUCCCUAAUUCCCUAUCUUCUCGUAGUUCUCAUUGUCCCCUUCGUUGCUCACAGGAAGGAAAAGAAGUGGUUAGUCCUUUGGGAAGUGUGGUUUUGUCAUUAGGAGAAGAGGUUUCAAAGAGAAGUCUACUUGCUCUUGUCUCUGUUUCUCUCUUCUUUGUUGAUCCUGCUCUUGCUUUUAAGGGUGGAGGUCCUUAUGGACAAGGAGUCACCAGGGGACAGGACUUGUCCGGCAAGGAUUUCAGUGGCCAGACUCUCAUCAGGCAGGACUUCAAGACGUCCAUCCUAAGGCAAGCCAACUUCAAGGGUGCAAAGUUGUUAGGUGCUAGCUUCUUUGAUGCAGAUCUAACAGGUGCUGAUUUGUCUGAAACUGAUCUCCGAGGCGCAGAUUUCUCCUUGGCAAACGUAACAAAGGUGAAUUUAACGAACGCUAACUUGGAAGGAGCUACUGCUACUGGAAACACAUCAUUCAAGGGAUCAAACAUUACAGGCGCAGACUUCACUGAUGUCCCUCUAAGAGAUGAUCAACGAGAAUACCUUUGCAAAAUCGCGGAUGGGGUUAAUGCGACCACUGGGAAUGCAACGCGGGAGACAUUGCUCUGUAACUAAACUGUGAAAUGUAAAGCUGUGGAUUGUGGCUGUCUUUUUUCAAUAUCUGAUUAUUUUUAUUAGAGUUUUGACCAUUGUUAAAGCUUUUCUUUGUGCAUGUUGUUGCAGAGAAUGUGUGUAUAUAUACUAACUUCCACAUGCUCCGUCUCCGUGGAGGUGAUUCCUGGUUUUUGUUUUAUUUUUAUUGGUGUGAAUCACUGUAUACCAAUUUUUUUGAACUUUAUUUGGAUCUUAAAACUGGACCA